AUUUUUUUCUUCGCAGCAUCAAGAUCGUCACACCCGCUUCUCCGCCAGUGACCGAAAGUCAAACCCCGUGAAGAUUUCGCACUCCCAGGGUUUCUGGUUGCUCGAGGAGCUGCGACAGGGACAAUGGCGACUUUCGCACGCCCGGUGGCCUCGACAAUUGCGGGAAUCAAUUUUGAGCCCUAUACCGACGAAGAUAUCAAAGCAGUAUCUGUGAAGCGGAUCCAUAAUACACCCACCUUGGAUUCUUUCAACAACCCUGUGCCUGGUGGUUUAUAUGAUCCUGCACUAGGUGCCUGGGGUGACCAUGUUUGCACUACUUGCCGAUUGAAUUCCUGGGCCUGCGCUGGACACUCCGGACACAUCGAGCUGCCAGUCCAUGUCUACAACGUAACACAUCUCGACCAACUUUAUCGUUUACUGCGGGCGCAAUGCGUUUUCUGCCAUCGCUUCCAACUUGCCCGGACCCAGAUAAACUUAUACUCAUGCAAGCUGCGCCUUCUGCAAUACGGAUUGGUUGAUGCGGUAGCAGCUGUCGACACUAUGGGCUCGAAAGCACCCAAGUCGAAGAGGGGCAAGGGCGCGGAUGGCUCGGACGAAGAAGAUGACGAGGAUGAGGAUGAUUUGAUUUCUCGCAGAAAUGCAUACGUCAAAAAGUCUAUCCGCGAAGCACAAGCAGCUGGAAUGCUGAAAAGUAUCAUGGCCGGAAUCAAGAACCCUCUGGCCAUGGAGAAAAGAAAGAACCUGAUCAGGGAUUUUUUCAAGGAUAUCUCGGCGGCCGGUAAAUGCGCCAGCUGCAGUGGAAUCUCGCCAGGCUAUCGAAAAGACAAGGCGUCGAAGAUCUUCCGCCGACCAUUCACGGAGAAGGCUCGACUCGCUAUGAUACAAGCAGGAUUACAGAUUCCAAACUCGCUGAUUCUCCUCCAACAAGCGAAGAAGCUCAGCACCAAGGAUAAGAAAGCGCUCGCGAACGGCUUUUCUGACACUGCUAGUGUUACUUCGGAGGCUCAUGGCGCGGAGGAGGAGGUUGCGCGUGGAAACGCCGUUGUGGCUCAAGUUGAGAGCAAAAAGCAGGGCCAGGGUGAGACUCAGCAAUAUGUGCCAUCUUCCGAAGUUCACGCGGCGAUUACACUGCUCUUUGAGAAAGAGGGUGAGGUAUUGAACCUGAUUUAUAACUCUCGACCUGCGUCAAAAAAAGACUCGAAAGUCACUGCGGAAAUGUUCUUCAUCAAGAAUAUUCUGGUGCCGCCAAACAAAUAUCGACCUGCUGCUGCGCAGGGCGCCGGUGCGAUCAUGGAAGCACAACAAAAUACGCCAUUGACUAACGUCCUGAAGAAUUGUGACAUCAUCAAUCAAAUUCGCAAAGAAAGACAGAAUCUCGGCGACGAUUCAGCUACUCGUGUUCGGGACUACCGCGAUCUUCUCCAUGCCAUCGUCCAGCUCCAGGACACUGUGAACGGAUUGAUCGAUAGUGACCGAAGUGGUCUUACGGGAGCGGCGGCGGCUAAGGCCCCCAAUGGUAUCAAGCAGAUCUUGGAAAAGAAGGAGGGUUUGUUCAGAAAGAACAUGAUGGGAAAGCGUGUCAACUUUGCAGCUCGAAGUGUCAUUUCGCCCGAUCCCAACAUCGAAACGAAUGAAAUUGGUGUGCCACACGUGUUCGCAAAGAAGUUGACCUACCCCGAGCCUGUCACCAAUCACAACUUUUGGGAAAUGAAGCAAGCGGUCAUCAACGGCCCUGACAAGUAUCCCGGUGCUACUGCCAUCGAAAAUGAGCUUGGACAAGUCACAAACCUCAAGUUCAAGAGCCUCGAUGAGCGAAUAGCACUAGCUAAUCAGCUUCUCGCGCCUUCAAACUGGAGGAUGAAGGGCUCCCGCAACAAGAAGGUCUAUCGCCACCUCACUACUGGCGAUGUUGUUUUGAUGAACCGACAGCCGACACUCCACAAACCUUCUAUCAUGGGUCACAAGGCUCGUGUCCUCCCCAACGAGAAAACCAUUCGAAUGCACUACGCCAACUGUAAUACUUACAAUGCGGAUUUCGAUGGUGACGAGAUGAACAUGCACUUCCCUCAGAACGAACUUGCUCGAGCAGAGGCUAUGAUGCUUGCAGACGCGGACCACCAGUAUCUCGUUGCGACCUCAGGCAAGCCUCUCAGAGGUUUGAUCCAAGAUCACAUUUCAAUGGGUACCUGGUUCACAUGCCGAGAUGCAUUCUUUGACCGAGAGGAUUACCACGAGCUGUUGUACUCUUGUUUAAGGCCCGAGAACUCUCACACAGUGUCGGAUAGGAUUGUGACAGUGGGUCCGGCUAUUAUUCGACCAAAGCCUCUUUGGACCGGUAAGCAGGUUAUUACAACAAUCCUCAAGAACAUCAUGCCACCGAACAGAGCAGGACUCAACCUGAAGAGUAAGUCGUCAACUCCCGGAGACCGCUGGGGCAAGGGCAACGAGGAGGACCAGGUUAUCUUUAAAGACGGUGAGCUGCUCUGUGGUAUUCUCGAUAAAAAGCAGAUUGGUCCUACUGCAGGGGGUUUGAUUGACUCGAUUCACGAAAUCUACGGCCACACCGUUGCUGGAAAGUUGAUUAGUAUACUCGGGCGACUUUUGACCAGAUACUUGAACAUGCGCGCGUUUACUUGCGGUAUUGAUGAUCUUCGAUUAACCGACGAGGGCAACCGCAAACGCAAAGAAUUGCUCAGUGAGGCUCCGAAGAUCGGUCGUGAGGUCGCCCUCAAGUAUGUGACACUUGACCAGACAAAUGUGCCGGACGAGGAUGCCGAGCUGGAGCGACGCCUGGAAGAAGUUCUGCGUGACGAUGAUAAGCAGAGCGGCCUUGAUAGUGUGUUUAACGCCCGAUCGGCGCAGCUAUCCACAGCGAUUACCAAGGCCUGUCUUCCUGCCGGGUUAGUGAAGCCUUUCCCGUGGAACCAAAUGCAGUCUAUGACUGUCACCGGAGCCAAGGGUUCUGCUGUCAAUGCAAACCUGAUUUCUUGCAACCUGGGACAGCAGGUUUUGGAAGGCCGUCGUGUGCCUGUAAUGAUCAGCGGUAAAACUCUCCCCAGUUUCAGGGCAUAUGACACAAAUCCUAUGGCUGGUGGUUAUGUUCUCGGCCGCUUCUUGACCGGAAUCAAGCCUCAAGAAUAUUACUUCCACGCCAUGGCUGGUCGUGAAGGUCUCAUUGAUACUGCCGUCAAAACUUCUAGAUCGGGUUACCUGCAACGUUGUUUGAUCAAGGGCAUGGAGGGGUUGAGGGCGGAAUAUGAUUCCUCAGUCCGCGAGACGUCUGAUGGCUCCAUGGUCCAGUUCUUGUACGGAGAGGACGGCCUUGACAUCACCAAACAGGUCCAUCUCGAGAAUUUCGACUUCUUGGCCUCGAACCAUACUUCUAUUAUGGAGCAAGUUGAACUGACUGAAAACUUUCACCACCUGGAGAAGGAUGUUGUGACGAAUUGGCACAAAGACGCCAUGAAGAAGGUGCGCAAGACUGGGAAACUCGAUGCUAUGGACCCGGUCCUGUCUGUCUAUCACCCUGGAGGCAACCUGGGUAGUACAUCCGAGUCGUUCUCCCAGGCGCUUAAGAAGUACGAGGACGAGAACAAGGAGAAGCUUCUCAGAGACAAGAAGAAGGGUGCCGAGGGUCUCUUGAGCAAGAAGGCAUUCAACACCAUGAUGAACAUGAAAUACUUGAAAUCUGUUGUCGACCCUGGCGAGGCUGUUGGAAUCGUCGCUGGCCAAUCUAUUGGUGAACCGUCUACACAAAUGACCCUAAACACCUUCCACUUGGCAGGUCACUCUGCAAAGAAUGUGACAUUGGGUAUUCCCCGUCUGCGUGAAAUUGUCAUGACCGCCAGCAAACAGAUCAUGACGCCGACAAUGACCCUGAUUCUGAACGAGGAGCUACCUCAGCAACAUGGCGAGAGGUUUGCUAAGGCCAUUAGCAAGCUCAGCAUCGCAGAGGUUGUCGACAAGGUGGAAGUCAAGGAGAGAGUCUCCUCCGGAAGUACAAAAGCAAAAAUAUACGACAUUGAGAUCUCCCUGUUCCCGGCGGAAGAAUACACAGCCGAAUAUGCGAUUACCAUCCGGGAUGUCCAGGCGACUCUGCAACACAAGUUUAUUCCUCGACUCGUGAAACUCACCAAGGCCGAGUUGAAGAAGCGACACGACGAGAAGUCCUUGAGCAAGAACUCAUCUGCGCAGCCUGAGAUUGGUGUCUCAGUUGGCACGAUUCAGGAAGCCCCUCGAGGUGCUGAUACUGAAGAACAGCCUGCUGAUGAUGACGUCGAAGAUGACGAGGAUGACGCGAAGCGGGCUCGCGGAGCUCAGAACAGAUCCAACCAGGUUUCAUAUGAAGGCCCCGAGGAGGAAGAAGAGCGAAUGAUCCGCCAGACGGACGCCCAGGAGGACGACGAUGACGAAGAUAUGGACAAGGACCGCGAUGUCGACAUGGACGACUCUUCAGACGACGAACUGGACGAGGAAGGACAUACCAAGGACUCAAAACUGCGCGAGGACGACGUGAGGUCAAAGUUCGCCGAAGUCACUCAAUUCAAGUUCAACCAGCACAAGGGCUCCACAUGUACCAUUCAGCUGCAGUACGAUAUCGCGACCCCCAAGCUCCUGCUCCUUCCCCUCGUCGAAGACGCCUGCCGAAACGCAGUCAUACAGUCGAUUCCCGGCCUCGGAAACUGCACAUUUGUGGAAGCAGAUCAGGCAAAGGGCGAACCCGCCUGCGUCAUCACCGACGGUGUCAACCUGCUCGCUAUGCGCGACUACCAAGACAUCAUCAAGCCCCACUCCAUUUACACAAACUCCAUCGACCACAUGCUUGUCCAUUACGGUGUUGAAGCUGCACGUGCCUCCAUUGUCAAGGAAAUGUCCGCCGUUUUCAAGGGUCACAGCAUCUCCGUCGACAACCGCCACCUGAACCUCAUCGGUGACGUGAUGACACACGCUGGUGGCUUCCAAGCCUUCAACCGUAACCAGCUUGUCAAAGAUAUCUCUUCUCCUCUGGCCAAGAUGAGUUUCGAGACCACCGUUGGCUUCCUUAAGGACGCCGUUCGGGAGCGUGACUGGGAUAACCUCAACAACCCAAGUAGUCGGAUUGUUGUCGGUCGGACCGGCACUAUUGGUACAGGUGCGUUUGAUGUCCUUGCUCCCGUGGCAUAGACAUGGUUCGCGGCCUGCGAUUGGCUUGUACGAUUUCUUCUUUCUGUCCUUUUCUCGCCCGUGUAUAUGUUUCUCAUCAAGAGGGUUUACUCAUUGUUUAUACGCACGCGAUUCAUUCAUGAUGUGCCCCAUGAGCUCUGGAGUUUUGUUUAAAGCGGAAAUUCAAAAAGUUCCCUUACUCAGGCGGUCUUACUUUGGAUUAGCAUUGUAUGUCUGGAAGAAUAGAUAGGAUCCGUAUUUUGAUCAGAUCUAAAAUUUGAAAUGUAGUCCCAAUAAUCGACCAACCUAACACCAAACGUCCGUGGUAUCAUGCUUAACCUUUUCCAGGUGAUGGUAGGAAAUCACAAAAAGAACACAAAUGAAUCUGCCUGAGAAUGGACAAUUGAGGCUAGGAAACCAACUAUGCAUCUAGCAUCAUGAGGUCUUCGUCAAUAUUGUCGUCGAACUCGUCGGCGCCUGUAUUUUGAGCACCGUUGACUCCAUUCCCAUGGGCAAUAUCCUCCCGCCUUACUCUAUCCUCUUCCUGCAUCUGCUUCUGGCGAUGCUUUUCCAAGUCCGCCAGACUCCAGGUCGAGAUACCUUCUUGGUCCUUGGCCUUGAAAGGCUGAGCCAUGGUGCGCAGAAAGUUCUUCGCAGUUGCUACUGCCAUGUCUGUGCUAAGAUUUGUUUCACUCUCUAGCAUCGCCUGACUGAUCCACUUUGGAAGCUGGUUGCGUUUCUUCUGAAAGCGUCGGUCGGCGAGAACCAUGACACCGUAAUCAUCUUUGCCUCGAAGGACACGCCCCAGACAUUGAGCGGCGUGUCUCAUUGCAUCGAAAGAUAAGAAGUCAUUUUCUCGGAUGCGAUACGUCUCCCGAAGGAAUUCGAGACGUGCUUUGAGGAUACGCGACUCUGUGUACUGGAAUGGAACCCCGAUACAGAGCACCGCUCGUCCAUAGUGGUGGUCGAAAUCGAUGCCCUCGGAGACUUUCCCUCGAGCGACACAGAAAAGUAUGGCGCCGCGACCGUUGCAGCAUGCUGUUCGGUAGGUUUCCAACGCUAGUGAUGAUUCUUGCGCAUCAGGAGUUUCCACCAGAAUGAGUUUGUAGUUCCAGAUUGAAUCAAGAAUACCCAUGCCCUGCCACAUGCUGAUGAUAGACUCCAUAUAGAGAUACGACGGAAAGAAGACCACGAUCCCAUCUGGCGUGAUGCGGGAAAAUUCGAGAACCAUGUUUCCAUAGUUGCGGACGACACCUGGGUCAUUUCGGAUUUGGAAUGAAGACGAGAUCUGAGCUUGAUCCGAUCCGCGAGUCACGAUCAUGGGCAAAAAGGAUCGACGAGCAAGGGUCAUGCUAUAUGAUUCUUGCAUCACAGUAGUGAAGUCGAGCAUUUUGGGAUACAUAUCUAGUGGGGAUAGAGUUCCCGAGGUGAUAACAACUGAGCUGAACCGGUCAAAUACUGGCUUGAUGGCAAUGGCGGCGUCUAGGCAUGUAAAGUGUAGGAUCGGAUUCGGCACUGUGGCUGCCUCGGACUCGAAAGGCUCCAAGAUCAAAAGAAAACCCUUGUCGUAUGUCGAGACUAGAGUCGCAAACGUUGCGACCUCUUGAAGUGGUUGAUAAUCCUCGAUAUUGAUCAGCUCCAGCGUUCUGACCAGAGAAGUUAACCGUUCUGCGCAAAAUCUUAGAGGUUUUCUUUCAAUAAAGGUCAACUCCUUCACAUGGCUUAAGAAUGAUAAAGGCGUUUCUGAGAUGGUGUGCGUGACUUUCAUUCGAGUCUUCAGGUAUUCGAUAAACCUCUUGAGAAAGGCAACAAAGUGCUCCGCCCGUCGUAUAUUACCCGGGACGGCUUCCUUAAGUAGAUCAUCUGGAAGGACAGGGUUUGAGAUGAACUGAUCCUCUUCUCUAGCUUGCUCAGCCUCCCGCAAUCCUUCAACGAGCUUCAUGUAUUCGUUGUUCAGCUUUUCGGCGUCGGAGCUCUUUACUUCCUGAAUCUUACGUUCCAGGUUGUUCGCCCCCCGUGUGGCUUUCCGUAAUGAAUCUUCAGAUAUAUCAAUGCUGAGAGACUCAAUGCAGACGUUGUCGAUGUUGUGUGCUUCGUCGAAUACCACGAUACUGUCUGUCGAAAACUCCUUGGAGACUCUUUCGGCGAUCUUCGGGUCUAAAAGAUAGUGAUAGGAGUAGAUGAUAACGUUGCAAAACGGCAUCUAAGC